AUGCAGGCUGUUCACGAACUGCUCACGCAGCGCCAGGCUUCUUUGAACAUGUAUGGAUUCAGCAUCAGGCAGAUCAUGACAUUGAUAAACGAAUGCCUGAAUUGCUCUAUUUUCCGAUGGUCGGGACAGUACUACCGACAACUUAGAGGCCUAGCUAUGGGACAAAGGCUGGCACCCACUCUCGCCAUUGUUUUCAUGGCCAAGAUCGAAAAGCCUAUAAUAGACCGCAAACCACUGCUGUAUUAUCGUUACAUAGAUGAUUGCUGCGUCGUCUGCUCAACCCAAGCAGAACUAGACGCGUGCUUCAAUCUUCUCAAUCAGCAGUGUCCGCACAUCAAGUUCACAAGGGAGAGACCGAUAGACAACUGGUUGGCUUUCCUGAAUGUGCACAUUUACUUGCGGAAUGGGAUAUGUAAGACUAAGUGGUACCGGAAACCCAGUAGUAAAAACAUCUUAAUCCACUAUCUUUCAGCGCAUCCCAGCAAAAUGAAAAAAUCUGUUAUAGGAAACAUGUACAGAACGGCGGCAAGAGUCUCAUCGAGUAGCCAGGAAAAAGCAUGGUCUAUAAAUGUGGCCCAUAAAGUAGCAAUGUCCAAUGGGUACCCAGCUGGAGAUGGUGCUACCCGACAAGCACGGUAUCCCUCUCGAAGACCCAACGUAGUGGAUGGCCCAGAGAAGAUCCCCUUCUGUUUACCUUAUAUAUCUGAUGAUAUGAGCAGAGCAGUACGGGGCUGUCUACGAAAAGCGGGUCUAAGGAAUGACGUGAGGGUUGUGGAAAUACCUCCAGCAAACCUCAAGGCGAAGCUGGUACGUAACCGUGUGUAUGAUCGACUCUGCACAACUCCCAGCUGCGUGGUUUGCCCGUAUGGCAGAGAGGGUGAUUGCAUGAUAUCGGGAGUGGUGUAUCGUAUCACGUGCAGGUUGUGCGGUGACGAUUAUAUAGGGGAAACGGGACGCCCAUUGUGUAUUAGGGUCAAGGAGCAUCUAGACGGACUCGCAAAAUCAAAAACCUUCACCCCACUUGGAGCACACCGUAGAAUAUGUCAUCCAAACUCCGAAGUAGAGGUAGAAGUUCGUAUAUUAUCCUACGAGUCCGAAAUCACAGCACGCAGAACGCUAGAGGCCUUUUGGAUAACCGCCAAAAGUCCAAAAAUGAACAAGAAGGAUGAGUGCAUUGCGAUCACAAACGAGUUAUCCCCGUAUCAAGACUUAUGCGGGUUCUGA